AAGUUUGUUUUGUCUAGAGAAAAAGGGCGCCUCUGUUGGUCAAUCCGUUACCGGUGAUAGACACACCCAGCACAGUCAUAGCUGCUUACCACCCACGCCACACGGAUCCCACUUACGAUAAGCAAGCGGCUCCUCUAUCUUAGCGUCCAAGGGUGGAAAAAAAGUGCCUAUAUCAACAAUUUUAUGUACAUACUUGUACUUGUACUUUUAACUUGAGCGCCUCCACCAGCAUUCUGUCCAUAAUCCCAAUGAUACCGCUUUCUACAAAACGACGCAAGCUGGACAAUGGACGGUCCGUUUCGCCCUCUGAGAGCGCAACAAAAGAAAAUGAGCAGCCACUGAACCAGCACUCGAAGUUGAACAUACCACAAACCCAGGCGCAGCCGCAAUUACGACCAAAACGAACAGCGGACGAUGACGAAGCUGCCAUAUACACUGGGGGUCUGUUCAAAACAAGCUUGUUCAAAUUGCAAGUGGACGAGUUAUUGGCUGAGGUCCAGCCAAACUAUGAGAAGCGGCUGAAGGGUGUGGAUGAUCUCUUGCGCAGAUUGAAGGGCUUGAUUGAGAGUAUUGAGGAUCGUGAUGCUGUCUCUGUCCCAGAAGCUUCUAAGACUUUAUUCCAAACGCACAAGAUCACAAUUCCAUUCCCCGAUCCCAAACCCGACAAGAACGCUGCAUACAAAUUAUCCUACGAAAAGCCAUCUAUUGUGAAUAUCGUUGGCAGCUAUGCUUCAAGAACAAUGGUCAAGUCAGAAGGUGAUUUGUGCGUAGAUAUGGUGGCUGUGAUGCCUGCCUCAUUAUUCCAGGAAAAGGACUACCUCAAUUAUCGAUAUUUCUACAAGAGGGCAUAUUAUCUCGCAUGCCUAGCCGCUGGUCUCCACGAUUCUACAAAUAAAGAACUUUCGCUCUGUUUUGAGUACCUGAAUGGGAAUACUCUCCAUCCAAUCCUGGUUAUCAAACCUAUUUCUGGAGUCAAUUCAAUAACAAGUGCAAAGUACCAAGUCCGCAUCAUUCCUGCAGCUCCUUCAGCAUUCUUUAACAUAUCCAAACUUCAACCUAACAGGAAUGCUAUUCGGUCAAGGGGCACCCCGGAGAACGACAGUUCCACCCAGGUACCGACGCCAUUCUACAAUGCGUCGUUCAUUUCCGAUUGUAGCUUUGAGUCGUACCUAAAGUAUCUACACUCUUCUGCCAAAAUUGCCUCUGGGUUCAAGGAUUCCUGCAUUCUCGGUAGGAUCUGGCUUCGACAGCGCGGCUUCGGCGGAACUGUUUCGAGGGGUGGAUUUGGCCAUUUCGAAUGGGCAGCUGUUACAGCUCUGUUGUUAAAAGGUGGUGGGCCAAAAGGUCACAGCGUUCUAUCUCCCGGUUAUAGCAGUUACCAGAUGUUCAAAGCCGUCCUCCAAUUCAUCGCCUCCAGCGAUCUUACAGCAAAUCCGGUCAUUUUUGACGCCAAAGACCUGAUCUUCCCAAAGUCGGUCACCCCGAGCCUAUUCGAUGGCACAAGAGGCCUAAAUGUACUUUACAAAAUGACACCAUGGUCUUAUCAAAUUUUGCGACAUGAAGCCAAAAUAGCUCUGGCUAUGCUCAACGAUCCGACUUUCGAUCAAUUCGAGUCAACUUUCAUUAUCAAAACCUCUCAAAACCUGCAAAGGUACGACUCCACAAUUGAGUUAGCAUACUCUCCCCAAACUUCGAGCGGUGGGCCGUGCGACCAUGUGUCGAGCUACAGACAAUUCAGUGGCAAAGUAUACGACGUCCUUUACGAAGGCUUGAUGGACCGUGUAACGCUUAUUGGCAUCCAGGAGCAAGAAUUGCCACCUUGGUCAAUCACGUCGCCUGGUUCUCCCCAACAGGAUCAAUCUUUGCAAGUCUCGGUGGUAUUUGAUCCAGCAAAUAUUGAUCGGUUGGUUGACCACGGCCCGGCAGCGGAAGAGAAGAAGAAGGCUGCUAAGUUCCAGAAGUUUUGGGGUGAAAAAGCAGAACUGCGACGUUUUAAGGACGGAAGCAUCCUCGAGAGUCUGAUUUGGCCUGCUGGUUCAGCUCAUGCAAUUUUCAGGGAUAUUGUCGCCUACCUGAUCAAUCGUCACCUUGGCCAAGAGGCAAGCACGAGUCUUGUAUUCAUUGGGGAAGGAUUUGACAAGAUUCUUCCCUCAUCUAGCACAAGUGUGAAACAUUUCGACAGUCUCAGUGAAGCAUACCGAGUCUUUGAAAAGAAGAUCAGAGAUAUCGCAGAUCUGCCGCUCCAGCUCAAGCAGCUCUCGGCUCUCAGUCCGCAGCUUAGGUAUGCCUCAAUUGAUCCGCCGCUGUUCAGUUCUAGCCAGCCGAUGAAGGUUCCCGCCGAUGUUUUGAUGCAGUUUGAAGGGUCUGGAAGAUGGCCAGACGAUGUUGUUGCGAUCCAACGAAUCAAGAUUGCAUUUCUCCUUAAGAUAGGAAGUUUGCUACAAGCUGAAAGAUAUAUCACUACUCGGGUUGGAUUGGAAAACGAGGAUCUACCAAUGCAGAAUUGCGCCUUUCUGGACGUCAUCUAUGAUUCCGGAGUGGUGUUUCGUCUGCGGAUUCAUAAUGACCGAGAACAGACUCUCCUCGAACGGCAAGUCAAAGACAAGUCAAGCGACCACCAUACACGUGAGGCUGCUGUCUCUGCACUGUCAGUCUACAAAAAGUCGUUCAUCCAGCUCCCAUUGCAUACGCAAUCGAUUGCAACACACUGCACCCGCUUCCCGCUUCUAUCCCCAGCUAUCCGACUAACGAAAAUGUGGUUCGACAAACACAUGCUAUUAGGACACGUCAGUGAAGAGCUUGUUGAGAUAUUGGUCGCCCGAACUUUCCUACAGCCUUAUCCGUGGCAAGCACCCUCAUCAGUAAUGACAGGGUUUCUGCGGACACUGCUAUUCAUAUCGAGGUGGGAUUGGCGUGUUACGCCCCUCAUAGUGGACUUCACCGGAACGAUGACAACCAGCGAAGUCGAUUCUAUUAACACAAGGCUUGAGGCGUGGAGGAAGAUUGAUCCAGGCAUGAACCGUACAGUACUGUUUGCAGCAUCCAACCACGACCCAACUGGCACUGGUUUCACAGACAAGGGGCCUUCAAAGCUGGUUGCCUCUCGUAUGACAGCAUUAGCACGUUCUGCUUGCAAAUUGGUCAAGGACAAAGGCAUUGACCUUGAUCCAAGAUCCCUUUUUGCCACGUCAACAAGCGACUAUGAUUUUGCAAUUCAUAUUUCCCCUGCAUUCUUUACCGAUCGACGGAAAGGAGGGAAAUCCAAGUUCAAGAAUCUCGAACUACAAGAGAAGACUGACCUGGGAUUGAUCGGGUACCAUACUGUUCAGCUAUAUCUCGAAGAACUCCAAAGACUGUAUACCAGUAGCAUCGUACUUUUCCAUGGAGGUGCCUCUGGCUCAGUGAUUGGCGGACUGUGGAAUCCUCAGAGUAUCGCGCCACGAGCGUUCAAAGUGAACUCGGCUCAUGCUACGAAAGUUGUGGCUCCGGAGGACGAUGAUGCGGAGAAAGUUGUCCUUGACAAAUCUGCCAUCUUGGCAGAGAUUGCGAGACUCGGAGGGGAUAUUGUGUCCCGGGUGGAGGUGCAUAGAUUGUAAAUACCCCCGCUGAUUAUUCGGAUGACGUUCUAUUGAAGAAGAGGUUGGCUCCGACCAAGAGCAAAAAAGACAUGUAAUAUGGUGCUAGAAAUCUGUAUCCACGGGUGCCUCCUUCUGCUACUACAGUGUGAACAGAAAAGAAUGGAUCGAAGAAAUCUUCAAACUGAUUGCACCAUCCUUCAAAUCGACAUUGAGAAUUCUUGAAGGUCCACAA